AUGAAUGAGCCAAGCAAGGAGGAAGAGGAGGACAGCACCUUCACCGAUAUUUCCCUGGCUGAUGAUAUAGACCAUUCAUCAAGGAUUUUAUAUUCAAAGUCCAAAAGUUUGUUACCGAAGAUGAUGAAUGCUGACAUGGAUGAUCUUUCUGCAAGAGUAGAUGCAGUUAAGGAAGAAAAUCUGAAGCUAAAGUCAGAGAACCAAGUUCUUGGACAAUAUAUUGAAAACCUCAUGUCCGCAUCUAGUGUUUUCCAAACAACUGACACAAAGAGCAAAAGAAAGUAA